CCACAUACUUGCAAUCAAGAGAUAUCUACCGUUCGUUUUUCGUCAAAGACUAUUGAGAUGGUUUACUUGGUUGUGACAAUAUUAUUUAAGUCUUCCAAUGGAGGAGGUAGUAUUUUGAAAUCCUCUUUUUGAAGAUCCAAACAUGGAGUCUGAGCUCUAUGAAGCCGCUAUCAAAGGAAAUGUGCCGUCUUUGCUUGAGUUGCUAAAAACGGAUAAACUACUUCUUGACAGAGUCAUGAUUGGGAAUCACACCGAGACUCCUCUGCACAUCGCAGCCAUGCUUGGACACUUGGAUUUCGUGAAAGAGAUCCUAGCUCAGAAGGCCGAGAUGGCAAGUGUGCAAGAUUCUCAGGGUUCGACGCCUCUUCAUCUUGCCGCAGCAAAAGGGUACCUUAACAUAGUGGAAAGCUUGGUAAGAGCCUACCCUGAUGCAUGUUCCUUCUGUGACAAAUACAAAAGAAAUCCUCUUCAUGUUGCAGCCAUGAAAGGGCAUGUGAAUGUGUUGGAAAACUUGGUUGGAGCAAGACCUGAUGCCGCCCAUAGUGUCAUUGAACAUGGCCAAACGAUCCUGCAUUUAUGCGUGAAGCAUAACAGACUAGAAGCUUUGAAGCUUUUGAUAGAUAUCUUGGGCAAUGAACAGUUCAUCAAUUUGGGGGAUGAAGAUGGCAACACAAUUUUGCAUUUGGCUAUUGCUGAUAGACAAGCUGAGACUAUAGUCUUCUUGAUAAAUAAAGGAGUGAACCCGAACAUUAUGAACUCUAGAGGUUUCACAGCAGUCAGCCUAUUAGCACAAGGUGAAAGCGCAGGAAGAGCCUCCGAGAUUAGGGAUUAUGUUCCUCAAAUUUCAGAGAAUCAAAACUCUUCCGGACGAACAGUCCACACCAAUAACAAGACUCUAUUGGUGGUAGCGGCAUUGCUAGCUACCGUGGCAUACCAAGCCAUUCUUACCCCGCCUAGUGGCCUUUGGCAAGAAGAUUAUCCGAGCGAAAAUGCAACAAAUGUUGCAGGCAGUAUUAACCCAUCUGGUGGCAUUUCGCCAGCAAUUUCCUCGACCGCUGAGACCGGCACAGAGCAUGUUGCGGGCGAGUCCAUAAUGGGAUAUAAGUACCAGGAUAUCUACCAGGGUUUCCUAGUAUGUAACACGAUAAGUUUCGCCGCAUCGAUUAGCACCAUUAUGCUUCUUAUAAGUGGUCUUCCUCUAAAGCGGCGUCGGCUUACCACAUGGAUUGCAAUGCUGAUUAUGUGGAUUGCGAUAUUCUUCACAGCGGCGACUUAUACCUUCACCAUAUGGGCCUUCACGCCGGAACAACUAUUGACUACUGCAAUUGACAUGAAUAGAUUUGUGAUGCUGGUAUGGCUUGGAUUAAUGGCUAUUAUUUGCCUGUGCCACGUUGUUCUCUUGACCGUGAAGUUGGUACGCAAAGUCCUGAAAUUCGUCCGCAGCAGGAGGGAUCCUAUAGGAGAAGUGCCCUGA